AGCCUGAGGACAGCACGCGUUUGAGAGACAACCUCCUGACACACACACACACAUAGACUCAAGUGCAUUCUGUGUACUCAAUAUACCAACACAGAGGCGAGCAGAUCUGCUGGAAACCACAGAGAAUUGAAAGACUGGAGCACACCUCCCCCUCCUCUUCCCCCCUUUCUCUCUCACUCUCUCUCUCUCUCUCUCUGUGUCCUCCUCUUUCUGAGCAUUACAGCAAGGCAUUGCGCAGGAUUUAACUCCCCUCCUUCAUCUCCCUCUUCUUUAUUUUAAUCGUUUUUUUUUUCUUCCUCCAAUCCAUCUCUCCUUCUGUGGCAGCCGUUGCUCUUGGCAGCGGAAGGAUAUAUUCAUUUCCAUAUUGGAGCGUUACGAGAACUGCUAUUCGCUCAUUUCUCCCACAGCCGUGUGUGUGCGCACGCGUGUGUGUGUGUGAGAGAGAGUGUGUGUGUGAGCUUGGGGUGGGGGGGGGGACGUCGAAAAGGACAACAUCUAAAGACGUCUCGUCACUGGCCUCAUAUCGCUGCCUGUGGAGGCUGGCAUCAGGGCCAGCUGAUGUCACAGCAGAUCUGAGGCAGCUGCAGUCGUAGAAGCGCAGAAAUGCAGCUCAGCACUGCACCUACAGUGGGUCGCAGGAGGAGAGGAAAUCUGGACAGCCAAGGUCUGCUAGGUGUGCUGAGUGUGUGUGCUACGUUACUGCAGUUAUGCGCUGGCUGUCCUUCAGAGUGUGUGUGUAACUCACUGGAAGCUAACUGCAGUGGGCGGAGUCUAGUAUCUGUGCCCGCUCUCACUUCUCUCCCGGAGGGCACACAUACCCUCCUUCUGGCCAAUAACCGCCUCUCCUCCCUUCCCGUCUCUGCCUUCGCCAACCUAAGCACCCUGGAGACACUCGACCUAUCCAAUAACUAUUUGGACAACCUGCCUUCCAGACUGUUCCGUGAGCUGAGUAACCUGAGUGAUUUGAGUUUGCGUAACAACAGCCUGACGAUUUUGAAUCGUGAGAUAUUUCGUGGCCUGACCCUGCUGCGGAGACUGGAUCUGUCUCUGAACGGCUUGGCCGCUGUGCCGCUGGGCCUGCUGGAUGAGCUGCAAAGGCUGACCUGGCUCUCCUUGGCUGGGAACAGACUUCAUGCUCUGGAGAGAGCCACAUUUGAGCCUCUCGUCAACCUUCAGCACCUGGAGCUGGGCAUGAACCCCUGGGAGUGUGACUGCAACCUGAGAGACUUCAAACACUGGAUGGAGUGGCUAAUAUAUCGAGGUGGUUAUGUCGAUGCCGUUGAGUGUACACUUCCGAAGGACUUAAGGGGUCGUGACAUCAGGGGCGUUCCUGUGGAGAUGUUCAACUACUGUCUGCAAUUGGAAGAUGAGAAUGGGGGCGGGUCUGGGAGCACAAAGAGUGGAUCUCCACCUUGUUUUCGAGGGACAGCCGCUCCGUCGUCUGAAGGUGCAGUGGUGCGUACGGAGGCGGAGCUACCAGACUGUGUGAAGCAUCGUUAUCGGCCGGUCAGUGUUCGCAGGGCGAUCGGUACAGUAGUGAUCGCUGGUGUGGUCUGUGGAAUCGUGUGUAUCAUGAUGGUGGCUGCUGCAGCGUAUGGCUGCAUUUAUGCCUCUCUAAUGGCAAAAUACCAACGAGAGCUAAAGAAGAGGCAGCCGUUGAUGGGUGAUGCAGAGGCAGAAGCCGACAAUGAGGAGAAACAUAUUUCAUCAGUUGCAUAGGGUAAUGGGGGAGAGGGGUCAGAGUUCAGAGGUCAGCCACAAAUCUAAAGAACCCUUUACUGGUUGAGCUGCACAUUUGAUGAUCAUUUAGCUGACCAGUGGAGGAUUCAUCAUCCCUGUUUCCUGUCUCUCUGUCCUUCCUGAGACCUUCUCUGACUCUCAGACUUACACUUUACUCAAUGUCUAAACUUUGGCCUAAGACCUUUGACCUAUUUGCCCCAGGACAAGAGGGACCACUCAGCACUUUAGAACUUCCCUACCCUCCUCCAGUGUUGAGAGGAUCUCAGCAGAGGAGGUGUGGAUGCAACUGUUCACAGUUCUGAACCCUGAUAUUUCUAGAGGAUCGUGUGCUGUCAUUAGCAUUAGCCUCUGUAGCAGCCCAAUCAUCAACCCAAACCUCAGAAUCAUAAUUCUAAUCCCAACCCUUAAUCCUAGACCUUUAACUCUAAUCCCAACCUCUCAAAACUAAUCCAAGCCCUCAACUAGAAUCCUAUCACUUCAAUACUAAUCUCAACUCUUACCAUAACCAUCACCUCUAACACAGUCUACACUGGGUCACACAUGCAAGUGGGACAACACAUCAAAAGCCAAUAACACUCAUUAUGAUCAAUGCUAUCUACAAUGGAUACAUUGUGAUGCAUUACACCAUAAACUGGUGCCCCGAUUUCUGACAUAUUACAUGGGCUUGUCCAACUUCCCGAAAAAAUGUUUGGAAUGUUGACUUUAAAGUGUCCCAUGUAGACUGCCUCACUCUUGUGUCAACCGAUGUGCUUGGUUUAGAAAUGGUGUAAUCAUAAACCUCCAACUCUACAACCAAGCCUUCACUCCUGAACCAUUCUACAAUUCUCCUAAAUGUACAACACAAAUCCCGAUCAUACCCUAAACCUCCUCAAUCCCUAAUCUAAACCCCCAGCCCUAAAACUCAGACAGUAACCCAUACCCUUACCAUAAACCUCCAUCAUGAAUCCUAACCCCCAACUAUAACCCUAAGCCUCCAACACUAAUAUUAACCCCCAACCCUGAACCUCCAACAUGAAUCCCUACCCCUUACCAUGAACCUCCAUCACUAAUCUGAACCCACAAACCUGUACCUCCAACAUGAAUCCCUACCUCCUACCAUGAGCCUCCAUCAUCAAUCUUAACCCCCAACUCUACCCCUAAACCUUCAACACUAUUCUAAACCACCAAAUCCUAACCCUGUAACACUGUUACCAUAAACACCCAUGACUAAUCAUAACCAUUCUACAAUUCUAACCCUAAGCCUUCAACGCUAAUCUUAAACCUCAACCCUGAACCUUCUACAUGAAUUCCAACCCUUACCAAAAGCCUCUGUCACCAAUCUAAACCCACAACCAUAGACCGUCAAUGGUAAUCCCUGCCUUUACCAUAAAUCUCCAUCAGUAAUAUGAACCCCAUAACUCUAAAUCUCCAUCACCAUUCCAAACAUUCAACUCUUACCCUAAACCUUCAGCUCUACUCCCAACCCAAACAUUAAACCCCAAUACUAACUCUCUCCUCCAACCUUAAUUGUAACCCUUAACCCUACCCCAGUGUGAACUUAACAUCAUAACCCCUACAUAUCAUAUUUGAAAUAUUCCCACCUAAUUUAUCAGCUAUAAUAUAUUCGAUACAAUGUGAUGUGAUCCCAGUUUUAUGUUUAUACGUGUGAGGUUUGUCCUUUGUAUUGUGUGAUAAUUUGUGUUGAUAACAUUGUUUUGUUUCGAUUAAUGUUUGCUAUUUCUCCAUGUUCAUCUCUAGAGGUCAGAUGUGUUUUUGUAAGACUAGAAGAAUCCAGGUGUCUAUUGUGAAGUGUCUUGAAGUAUCGUGAAGUGCUAAUUUAGAGCAGGCUGAGGACUCUGUGAUGUUAGUGGAGGGUGGCAGAUUGUGGCUACUGGAACUGUUAAUUACACCUUGGUGGCUAAUGAUGCACAGUGGCCCUACAGGAUAGCUGCCCUCUAAACAAAUCCAGAAAAAGACAAUAGCUGAGGUGGAAAUAAACCUUCUCUUUAUUAAGAUAGACUUUUCUGUGCAAUAUAAAUCAAUGUCUUUGUUGAUCUGUUGUUUAAUUCUGGACUAGGAUGUCAUAUCUGAUUUAGUCGGAUCUUUUCUCUUGGGCUGGCAAUGGAGGAGAAUCGAUUGCGCCUGUGUGAUCAAUUUUCUGCUUGUGGACCAAUUUGCAUAAUCCGCUUUUCCUUGAGGGCAGAAGUUGUUUAGACUAAAUAUUUCAGAUAAAUUUGACUUAAACUUUCAGAAGCCCACAGAUAUUAUCAAUAUAAGCUUUUCUGCAGCAAUCAACCUCAGUGACUGGACGAAAAAAAGGGAAAGAAGGCUGUCAAAAACUAGCUUGCACAUUGGUAACAUGAACCAACAUAGAGUCAUAAUGUUGCCAAUAACGUCAUCAUUGAGUGUCUUGCACAAUGCUGCCAUCUAUAGGAAGGAUGUACAGUAGGCACAAGGGUGUGGAGCAAAUCUCACACCACCUCAUCAGGAUGCUCUUCCGCUGUUACUAUAGCAACAAUCUUUCCCACACUCUAUUCAUUACCAAUGCAAAUUACUGGUUAGGUUGCUGGCAAAAAGUUGUAAAUCAAAGUACCACUAAUGUGUGUGCUAAUACCCACACCAGCAGUUAAGUGUCCAGGACUUUGUCUCUGUGUUCAGUGAUAUUUGCAGCCAUAAGCUGAGUAUAUAUAAGUACAGAUAUACAUGUAUUCAAAAGUACGUUGAAUAUAUGUAUAUAUAUUUUAAUCUGUGUCUUACAAAUUAUUUAUGAACAAUAACUUGAUUGCAAAAAUAGAGUAUACUUUUCCCUGUGUUUCCUGUGCAAACUCCUUUAGUAGAGGAACUCUUAAAAAUCCUUUGUCAGAGAAUUCAGAGAAAACUCAUGAAUUAUUAAUGAGAGGAGUUUCAUCUAAUGGUUGCGGUCUCUCCUGCCAUUACUGUUCAUUUAGCUCUUAUUUUAUGCAGCAUGUGUCAAAGGCCUGUACUCUGCACGGGGCGACAAAACACAUACCCUGUAUCCUCUUGUUAUGAAAAGAAAGAAGGAAAAAAAAAAAGACAAAAGCACUUUUGCCACUGGUGGACUAAUACUUUCCUGUCAAAUUGCACUUAUUGCGAAUAUUCUCAAAAGUGAGCACAUGCUUCACGAUGUCAACAAUGCGGUUAAUCUGAAUAUAAACCGACAGAGCAGUCGUGAUGUUAUGUCAGUGGAUAUGAAGGGCGGUUUAUAAAUGAGCAAUGACUCAGCUGGGGUGUGUCUACUCUGUCCUGGCCUUACCUAUAAGAGCAGGGAUACAACACAAACUUCACUACGCACCCUUGCUAAAUAAAGGCUUUGUAAAUCCCAGUUCAUGGAUGAAAGUAAAACAAUUUGCCCAUUUGACUGAGCUGAAAGAAUCUUCAAAAUCAUUAUGAAGUUUCGGUUUAAUACCUUAUAGCUUAUUGAUGUGACCCUUUCUUCACUUGACCUUUUUUCUAAGAAUGACAUGAGAUACUUCUUUAUAUUUUCGCUUGAUAAAAAUCAGUUGGAAAUAUGAUUUGUGAGCUGUGAUAUAAUUCUGUGUUAAAAAUGAAUAAAGAAUGUAUUUCCGUAA